GCCAAAAACUAUUUCUAAGAACGAUGCUCAGAAGAUACUUGAGUACUCUGAGGUCACACUUUAAUGAUGUUGUCCAUGGCAACCCUAGCAUCAAUCUAUCAACAUUACCAAAUGGUUUGAGAGUAAUUACAGACUCAACUCCUGGUCAUUUUAGUGCUUUGGGGGCGUACAUCGAUGCUGGUUCCAAAUUUGAAGAUCCAUCCAAGCCGGGUAUAAGUCAUCUAAUGGAUAGAUUAGCAUGGAGAAGUACCGAAAAAUACACUGGAACAGAAAUGAUGAACGCCUUGUCGAACUUAGGGGGUAAUUAUAUGUGUUCAGCUCAGCGUGAGUCGAUGAUUUACCAGGCUUCCGUAUUCAAUAAAGAUGUCGAUAAAAUGUUUGAUUGUAUCAGUCAAACCAUUUUGGAGCCAAAGUUUACCGAUAAAGAGUUCUUGGAAACUUUAUCCACAAUUGAUUUCGAAACCAGCGUAAUGGUACACAAACCAGACAUCGUGUUACCAGAGCUCUUGCACAAGGUUGCGUAUCCAGAUAACACCUUAGGAUUACCGCUAUACUGUCCGGUUGAGAGAAUCCCUUACAUUCUGAAAGAUGAGGUUCUAAACUAUCACAAGAGCUUUUAUCAACCCCAAAAUAUAGUUGUGUCUAUGAUCGGUGUCGAACAUGCGCACGCUAUUAAAUUAGUGGAAUCAACUUUUGGGCACUUGACUAAAGGUCCAGCUCAUCAGGUUCCCAAACCAAAAUAUGUUGGUGGAGAAAUACACAUUCCUUUCCAGCCACCACUAUUUUCGAAUUUGCCUGAGUUGUACCACAUGCAGAUCGGAUUUGAGACUACAGGUCUCUUGAAUGACGAAUUGUAUAGUUUGGCUGUGUUACAGAAGCUUCUUGGCGGUGGUUCAUCAUUCUCUGCUGGAGGCCCUGGUAAAGGUAUGUUUUCUAGGUUGUAUACCAGGGUUUUGAACCAAUAUGCAUUCAUUGAAAACUGUACCUCUUUCAACCAUUCUUACGUUGGAUCUGGAUUGUUCGGUAUUAAUAUUUCUGCAUCACCUAAUGCUGCUCAUGUUAUGCCACAAAUUAUUGGCUUUGAAUUCAGUUCCUUACUAGAGCCUAAUGCAAUCUCAGAUUCAGAGUUCAACAGAGCUAAAAAUCAAUUGAUUUCAACCUUGUUAUAUAAUGUUGAAAGUAAGUUGGCUGCUUUAGAAGAUUUGGGUAGACAAAUUCAAUGUCAAAAUAAAUUAGUUAGCAUUGAUGAAAUGAUAGAGAAAAUCAAUGCAUUGACGAUUAAGGACUUAACGAAAGUGGUGGAAAAGUUAAUAAGUUCCAAUCCUUCCGUUGUUUUACAAGGUGACCGUGAGGCGUUUGGGAAUUUGGACGAUGUCUUCAAACACUUUGGGCUUAAUCAAAAGCGGUCGAAGUGGUUUUGAUCUAUUUAUCUCUUGUAAAUAAUCUUAGUCUUAUACACUGUACAAAAUUAUCUAAGAAAUGCCUAGUUUGGCCCUAAGCUCUAAUACUUCUUUCUCUAACAUCAAGUUGUUCUCUUUCAUCUCCAAGCUAUCACGUUCAAAAGUUUUAAUUUUGAGAUCCUUUUCAAAGCUUUCUGUUUGUAGUAUAUCCAAGGAGCUCUUGAAAUGAUUUAUUUUAUUUUUGAGAUCGAAGUUUUCAUCAUUGUACUUCUUGACAAGUUUCGAAUCGUUUUCAAAUCUGAUUUUGAGUCCUUUAACUUCUUGCUCGUAGUUGUAUGCAAUCUUGUUUAACUUGUAGUUUUCGGUAUUGGACAGGUCUAAUUUAUCGUUCAAUUCAUCCAA